AUGAUACGAUGUAAAUUAUGGUGGAACGGACCUGCAUGGUUGUCAUCUCAUCAUUCGCAAUGGCCAUCGAAAUCACCACCUACAUGUCCAGAUGAGAGUAUAUCAGAAGAAAAACGAGUGGUUAUCGUAAACGUUGCAGAACAAAUAGACGAAAACUUUUUACAUACCUUAAUGAAUCGCUUCUCCGUUUUAAAUCAGAUCCAGACUGGUAAAAUAAUCGCAAAAUCAUUUCGUAAAUUAUCACCUUUUAUAUGUCAACAAAAUUUAAUUCGCGUGGGUGGUCGCCUUCGAAAUGCUGAAAUUCCUUACGAGGCUAAACAUCCCAUUCUAUUGCCAAAGAAGUGUCGAUUGAGCGAACUGAUUGUCGAAAAGCUGCAUCAAGAGCAUUUACAUCCUGGCUUCCGUACACUCUCCGCUAUAGUAGCUAACCAAUUUUGGAUAUUAUCGCCUAGAAAUGUCAUAUACAGAGUUAUAUCACGAUGUAUUAAAUGCUUCAAGACAAAUCCUAAGUCGUUCACACCAUUGAUGGCAGACUUACCAAAGUUUCGGGUGCAACAGAUGAAACCAUUUUUCACUGUUGGAAUUGAUUACGCCGGUCCAUUCGCUACUAUCGCCCGUAAACAUCGUGGUGCCAAGACGUUCAAAUCCUAUGUUUGUCUCUUCGUGUGCGCUGCCACCAAGGCCGUUCACUUAGAAUUGGUUUCCGAUUUAAGCACCGAAGCAUUUAUGGCUGCUUUUCGUAGAUUUAUUGCACGCCGUGGUUACUGUACCCGUAUUUUUUCGGACAGAGGAACUAAUUUUAUUGGUGCAUUUAAUGAAAUGAAUCGAUUGGCACAGGAGGCGGGUGGUAAUCUUGGGAUCGAAUGGCUCUUCAACCCUCCUGCAUCGCCUAACUUCAAUGGACUUAGCGAAGCUGGAGUUAAGUCCGUGAAAUCACAUAUACAGAGGGUCAUAGGGAACCAAGUACUAACUUUCGAGGAAUUUUAUACCCUUCUCACGCAAGUUGAAUCCGUUUUAAAUUCUCGAUCUCUUCACCCACUCAGCUCCGAUCCUAAUGAUCUCCAACCCCUCACACCAGGUCAUUUCUUAUUAUUAUCACCACUGAACACUGAAAUACCUCAUCUAGAUUUUCAGAAUGUACCACACAGCAGAUUGUCACGAUGGGAACUGGUACAAGCCAUGCUGCAACAUUUCUGGAAACGAUGGUCUCUCGAAUAUCUACACACGCUACAACAGAGGACUAAAUGGACCACUAACAUUCCCAACCCGGCUCCGAACACUUUGGUUUUAAUCCGGAACGACAACUUACCUCCACUGAAAUGGGAUUUGGCACCACCUGUUUUUAGGUUCGACCCUUUUGGUACGAACAUAGUAUUUAACGGAUCUCAUAAAACAUCUAACGGAUUUUCACUCAAUGAUUAUCUUCAUGUUGGGCCUAAAUUACAAACUGAAUUAGCAGAUGUUUUGCUUCGCUGA